CCCACUCCCCUCCUCUCUCUCUCUCUUUGCGCGCUUUUUGAGCAGUUGUGGGAGACAGGGCAGUGGAAGAAAGGAAGUGCUCUCCUUUCUAUCCUCUCCGGGUGCGGCGAUGGCGACUAUGGCGGCUUGACGCCUUUUCCUCCCCACUCUCGAUCUGCCGGUUUCGCCCCCUCAUCCGGCGCUCCUUCCGUUGGAUUCUUGAGGACUAUGCUGCUGGAUGGGUGGGGGGUUGGAUUUACCAGCACAUACACAAAGCAUCUGAUUCUGCAAUAUGGAAACAUGAGCUGCUAAUUAUUCGGAAAAGCGACCAGUUUCCCUUUUUUUUCCCAAUAGAACUCGGGUGAUGAGUAUCAGCGUGACACGCAUGAACCUACAUGUAUUUCCUCCCCCCCCCCAGACUACCCUUGAGAGCUUCAUCAAGGAGUUGUCAUACUAGAGUAUCUUGCAGUCACCGCUACAGAGUUUUGUGUUCUUCCAGUCAGCAUCAAGUGAAUCAUAUCAGCUAAGCUUGAUGGGUUCCAGAUUCCCAUCACAUCAGCUCAGCAAUGGCCUGUAUGUUUCAGGCCGGCCCGAGCAGCCAAAGGAGAAGCCCCCAACAAUGAGUUCUGUAGCAAUGCCAUACACUGGUGGAGAUAUUAAAAGAUCUGGAGAACUUGGAAAAAUGUUUGACAUUCCUGUUGAUAACUCAAAGUCAAGGAAAUCUGGUCCUAUUACAAAUGCUCCUUCAAGGGUUGGAUCAUUUGGAGGUGGUGCUCAUUCAGGGUCUGUCAUGUCUAGCUCUGGUGGUCGGUCUAACUAUUCGUCUGGUCCAGUUUCAUCUGCAGGAAUUCCAGUUACUGGGAGCUCAAGUAGACAGAAAUCCAGUUCUGGACCUCUUAACAGACACGGUGAUUCAGUCAAGAAGUCAUCUGGUCCUCAAUCUGGAGGAAUCACCCCAAUGGCUCGCCAAAAUUCUGGUCCCGUUCUUGCAGUGCUUCCAGCCACAGGACUCAUCACUUCUGGACCAAUUUCCUCAGGGCCACUAAAUUCAUCUGGUGCCCCCCGAAAAGUAUCUGGCCCUUUGGAUUCCACUGGGCCAGCCAAGCUACAUAGCACUUCCAUUGCACACAACCAAGCUAUCACUAAUCUCAGCCAGGAGGUUGAAAAUUCUUUCAAGAGCAAUUUCCCCAAACCAAUAUUGUGGGCCGUGGUUCUUCUGUUUGUGAUGGGGUUCAUUGCUGGUGGAUUUAUCCUUGGAGCUGUUCACAAUGCUAUUCUUCUCAUUGUUGUUGUCAUUUUCUUUGGUGCUGUUGCUGCACUUUUCAUUUGGAAUACUUGUUUGGGAAGAAGAGCCAUGAUAGGGUUCAUUGCCCGCUAUCCUGAUGCUGAGCUAAGAACUGCAAAAGAUGGUCAAUAUGUCAAGGUCUCUGGGGUGGUUACCUGUGGAAACAUUCCCCUGGAGUCAUCCUUCCAAAAGGUGCCCAGAUGCGUGUACGCAUCUACAAGUUUAUACGAGUACAGGGGUUGGGACUCUAAGGCUGCCAAUCCUCAUCAUCGCCAUUUUACUUGGGGGCUUAGAUCAAUGGAGAGACACGUUGUCGACUUUUACAUCUCUGAUUUUCAGUCCGGAUUACGAGCACUGGUCAAGACAGGCUAUGGUGCGAAAGUGACUCCAUAUGUUGAUGAGUCUGUUGUUGUUGACAUUAAUCCAAGCAACAAAGAUUUGUCUCCUCAAUUCCUUAAGUGGUUGGGGGAGAGGAACCUUUCAAGUGAUGAUCGCGUGAUGCGCUUGAAAGAAGGGUAUAUCAAGGAGGGAAGCACUGUAAGCGUAAUGGGGGUUGUCCAGAGAAAUGACAAUGUCUUAAUGAUUGUUCCUCCAUCAGAGCCAAUAUCUACAGGAUGCCAGUGGGCCAAGUGUAUACUUCCUGCAAGCCUUGAAGGAGUAGUUUUGAGAUGUGAAGACACUUCAAAGGUCGAUGUCAUACCAGUAUAGCAAGUGCAAUGUUGGUUGGGUGGUGGUCAGGCGUAUGCCACACUUCCAGGGUUUGUUGGCAUGGCAGUGACGAGUGCCUGAAAGACGACAGAUUUAUGAUAUUAAGUUGGAGAUGUUUUUCUUGGCCUCUAUUGUAUAGCUUUCUCUGGUUUCUCCUUGUUUUAUUCAGUAGGCUUAAAAGAUUUUGUAGCAAGGAUCUCUUGAUGUGUUUUGGAAAGUAGUAGACAAUGUGACGUGGGCAUAUGCUAGAAAAUAUUUGAGCUAUUGUCUGAAAUCAGAUUUGGCCCCUCUCUCUCUCUCUCUCUGAGAUGAUGGGCAUGGCUGAUUAUAAGAUGCUUUGACAGAUAAUGGAUGUAAGCUCAUGGGUCUGUAAGCGUUUUGUAGCGGGACAGGCAAUUAAUUAUGCUUUCAUACAA